AACUUCCAGCCGUCAGCUCAAGAUUCUGCAACGCCCAACCGUCAGCGUUCUCCAUCUUUCAACAAAACAUCGAAUGAUGACUGCCUAAAUGACAGCAAUAGUUCCAGUCCCAGUGGCUUAACUCCUAGGGAAACUGGAAUAGUUGAGAAAUUACUUCACUCAUAUGGUUUUAUUCAGUGCUGUGAUCGACAAGCAAGACUAUUUUUUCAUUACAGUCAGUAUGCUGGAAACAUUGAACAUUUAAAACUUGGUGAUGCAGUAGAAUUUGAAAUGACAUAUGAUCGACGUACAGGAAAACCAAUAGCUAGCGCAGUGUGGAAAAUUACAUCAGAGGUGGAUAAAAUGGAAGAACGUGUUUUUGGUUUCAUAACUACUGAAAUAAAGGAUAAUAGAGAGGGCAGAGUUGCAUAUGAAAGCCGUGGUGAAUGCUUCUUUUUACCUUACUAUGCUGAAGAUAUUGAUGGAAAUGUUGAACUCCACCCUCAAGAUAAAGUUACAUUUAGACUGGCAACUGACAAAAAUACUGGAAAUUUAAGAGCUCAUAAUAUACGAUUAGAAAAACCAUUACCUGCACGCUACCAGGGUGUAAUUUGUGCUUUGAAAGAAACAUUUGGAUUUAUUGAAAGGGCAGAUGUAGUUAAAGAGAUUUUCUUUCAUUCGAGUGAAUGUAAAUCCUUCAGAAAUCUGAGUUUAGGAGAUGAUGUUGAAUUUAGCAUUCAAACAAGGAAUAAUAAAGAAGUUGCUGUAAAUGUAGUAACACUACCAGAGGGAACAGUGGUUUUUGAAGAUGUAAACCCUGAAAUUCUGGUUGGUGAAAUAACUGAAGCAUUAGAAAAAGGAAGAAAUCGAUCUAGUGAUGCUUUUCCUGGAAAGAUUCAGUGUCAGUUGAAUGAUGGUGUUAUAUAUUACUCAUUUGGAGAUCGUGAUCCAAAAGCCGAUUAUACAUUGCAAGUUGGAGACUGGGUUAAGUUCAAUAUAGCAACAGAUCGUAGAGAUAAUCUUCAAAGAGCUACUAAUAUCGAACUUCUCAUCAAUGAACUGACAUUUUCAAAAGAAAAAAGAGAACAGGGAUUUGUUACAGCAGUAAAAGAGACCUUUGGCUUUAUUACAUAUGGACAGCGAGAUGUUCGUUUAUAUUUCCGUCUUAGUGAGCUGAUAAAUCCUGAAGAAUCUAUCAAACCUCAAGAUGAAGUUGAAUUCACAGUGGCUCAGGAUCCAUCCUCUCCUGGUCGAUGCCAUGCAAUUCGUAUUAGAGUACUGCCUCCUGGCACAAUAGAUGUUUCUUCUUCUGUGAAUGGAUCUCUUAAAAAUGAAGAUCAUAGCUGUGAUGACAGCAUAUUUGUUGGAGUAGUUGAAAGAGAACCUGCAUCUCGUUGGUCUACGGAUAGCCCUCAAAAGAUUAAUAAAAAAUCUCAUGAUGAAGAAAAUGGUUUUGAUGAAGCUUCUGAUGAAGGUUUGAUCACAUUUAAUAGAAAUGGCGUGAAAGAAAAAGCAUCUUAUAAUCUCCAAGACUGUGAACAUCGAACUCAUCCUCGAACUGGAGAUAGGGUGGAAUUUAUUAUUGUUAACAAAGAUGAUAAGUUGUAUGCAUCACAUGUGAAAGUUCUGCCUAAAACUCGCAAUGGUUUUCGUUAUUCUCAUCGUGGAUUUGUAGCUGCUCUAAAAGAUACUUUUGGUUUUAUUGAGACAGAGGAACAUGAAAAAGAAGUUUUCUUUCAUUAUAGUGUGUUUGAUGGCAAUGUUUCAGCGUUGGAAGUAGGUCAAGAAGUAGAAUAUGGUCUCACCCAUAAAGGGAACAAGUUAAGUGCUGAAUGUGUUCGUAAACUACCAAAUGGUACAAUACCAAAAGAAGAUAUAAAACCAGAAAUACUAAACGGAGUAGUUUUGAAUCCUGUGAGAUGCUUCAAUCCAGAUCAAGAAUUUUAUUCAGGAAAAAUUCGCUUGGCUUCUCACGCUGAAAAUAUGGAUGAAAACCUUCCAGAAUAUGAAUUUGGUAUUACUAGUUUGGAAGACAAACAUGAAUUUCUUCAAAAGGGAGAUGUGGUCCAAUUUCAGAUUGGAGUUACUAGGAAGGGAAAAGAGCGGGCCGUGAAUAUAAAAGCUAUUCGAACAAGGAUCCAGGCUACUGUAGAUACUAUCAAAGGAAAUUUUGGAUUCCUUUCUUAUGAAGCUGAAGAGGGUAAAAAACUAUUUUUUCAUAUGUCUGAAGUAAAAGGUGAUGGGACCAUUCAACCAGGAGAUAAAGUUGAAUUUGUUGUAGUUCAUCAUCAACGCACUGGAAAGUUCUCAGCCUGCAGUGUUGUAAAGAUUGGUACUUUAUUCUUUAUUAGUGAAAGCCAACCUUUGCAGCGGCCAGAACGAUUAAAUCGCUUACGUACCAUAUCUUCAGAUGGAAAUGGGCCUCGUCUCAUUUUGAUUCGGCAACCCAAAGGACCUGAUGGAAGUGGUGGAUUCAAAUUCCUUCGAGCUCCUAAAGAAAAUGAAUCCGAAAAAGAAAAUUUUCAAGAAACACAUUCCGCAUCUAAUGGAGUUUUGGAAACCGAGCCCUGUAUUGUUGAUCAAGUUCCCAGCGAAAUGGUUCUUAAUAAUGUGGAGUCAAAACCAGUUGUUUGUUCCCAGGGAUAGUUAUGUAUGCUUGUUGAAGCAGAUCAGUAACACCAAACUUCUAAGCAUGUACUCUCUCCUGUUUAAUCACUCAUUAUGGUUAGAACCAGAGUUAAGAUUAUUCCCAUUAGCUAAUCAUUAACCGUACAUUCUUUUAAAUUUAGAUUUUUUUAUUUACUUUUGUAUUACAGUUAAAGUUCCUUUGUAAUCUUUGUUAUAUCUCAUAUUAUAAAAAAGUACAUCUUAUAUUUAAAAGUAUAGACCAGAUUUGAAGAAUUUUGGCAUUGGUAUUCUGUCUUUGAGCAAACUUGCAUGAUUAGUUUUAAUUUUCUCUAAAGUUUCACUGCUAAUCAAUACAUACUACCACUCUCAAGUUUGAACAAAGGCAAAACCCCCUGAAUUACUGAAAGUGGAGAUAGCAAUCAUAAUUAAGCAUUGCAGAAGCCAGCACGCUUGAGCUUGACGCAUGUUUAUAGGCUUCUUGCCUAUUAACUUAAUCUUAUUAAUUGGAUACAUGUUUUACAUAUUUUUUACUUUAAGGGAAAAAAAUCAAAGCACUUAAAUUAUGCAAUCUUAAUGCAAAUGAAUCAAAGAGCGUAUGAAUCAAAUGAGGAGGGAGAAUCUAAUUGAACUUUUUUUUAUCUGUAUGUAAUUGUAGGCAGUCUGAUUUUAUUCAAGAUAUAUUCUUUCAAGAUUUAUAGUUUUUGUAAAGUGGAUGGUUUUAAAAAGUGUUAAGAAGCCGCUAAACAUGUGCCUUAUAUUAUGUGAAUAAUGAAAUAUUUCAACUACUUUGUACUGAUGAAACUUAAAUUUUGCAGAGAAAUAAAAGAUAAGUGCUGGAAAA